CUGGAAUAGGUUUUCCAUAUUUAUUGUUAUCUAACAUAGUAAACGAUUUUAGAUAUUAAAGUAUUCAUGGUUGCGAAAUUGCUUAGCAAAGAGAUCACUGUUUAAGUGCCCAACUGCAGUAUCUCAAACUAUCAACAUAUUAACGUAGAGGACAAGUAUUUAAGAAGCAGCGAAUUUUAUACAUUUCAAUUUAAUUUGGCCGCUAGCGCCUGUUAUAAUUUAACACAAUGGCAAGGUUACUGACAAAAUCCACUCAAGUAAUCGAAUUUCUGUCAGACCAGCUUUCCCGAAGAAAUGCUCGACAUUUUUGGGAAACCCAAGAGAAUUUGGAAUCAUCAAGUCCUUUACUACAAGAACCAUGUGAGAAUUAUAACAGUCUCAACGUCUCAGACUUACCUCCAUUAUCAAGAAGUGUUACAGUUGCGGAAAAUGAACAGUCUGGAGAUGCAGUAAAACUAGGAACUUUUGAAGGCUGUUUUAUACCUACUACUUUAAACGUUUUAUCUAUUUUACUGUACUUGCGGUUUCCAUGGAUCGUAGGAGAAGCAGGAGUUUUAAAGACAUUAGUAAUGCUUGUUAUUAGUUACACUAUAGGAUUCCUCACAAGUUUGUCGAUAUCAGCAAUCUGCACAAAUGGUAUGGUAAGAGGCGGUGGUGCAUAUUACGCUGUUUCCAGGUCCAUUGGUCCUGAAAUGGGUGGUUCCAUUGGCUUCAUUUUUUACGUUGGUCAGAUUUUGAAUACCGGUAUGAACAUUUCCGGAUUUGUUGAGCCUGUAAUUGGUUUGGUUGGAAAAAAUUCUGGCACAGUACUUAAACUUAUCCCAGAAGGAUUUUGGUGGAACUUUACUUAUACUACUGUCGUAUUAAUCCUUUGUUGCAGUUUGUGUUGCUUAGGUUCUGCAACGUUCGCGAGGGCAUCGAAUGCGCUGUUUAUAAUCAUUAUCCUCUCUACCAUAUCCAUUCCCAUCUCGGCUGUGUUGGUUCGUCCCUUCAAGAAUCCUAGUCUCGAUCUCUAUUUUACAGGCGUGAAGUUGUCUACCUUUGUCGAUAAUUUACGUUCAUCUUAUACAAAGGACUUAAAUUCAAAUCUCCAGGAAUCAUUCAAGAGUACUUUCGGUGUUUUCUUUCCUGCGACUGCUGGUUUAUUAGCUGGUGCGAGUAUGUCUGGUGAUUUGAAGGCUCCUUCUCGUGCAAUUCCUAAAGGGACCCUUACUUCUCUAUUCACAACCUUCCUUUUGUAUCUUACCGUUAUUCUUUGUAUUGGUGCAUCUGUCACUCGAUCCGGUCUUUUGUUUGACAUGGAAGUGCUCGAACAUAUCAGUUUGCAUCCUUUACUUAUCAUUUCAGGUAUAUUAGCUAGUGGAGCUUUUAGUUCUUUUAUGGGUAUAUUUGGUGCUGCUAAACUGCUACAAGCUAUAGCUCGUGAUGACCUGAUCCCCGGCUUAUUUCUAUUUGCUAAAGGAUCUGAACAACAAGACAUACCGUUUCGUGCCAUAUUUUUAACGUAUGUGAUUACUCAAGUUAGUCUUUAUUGGGACAUAAACAUGCUUUCGUCAAUGAUAACUAUGACUUUUCUCUUAACAUUUGGAUUUAUUAACUUGGCCUGUCUAUUAUUAAGAUUAAGCAGCACUCCCAACUUUCGUCCUACCUUUUCGUUUUUUAAUCGAUUUACUACUGGUUUUGGGUGCGCUCUGUCUUUCGGGAUCAUGUUUUAUAUCGAUCAAAUAAACGCGUUUGUCUCGUUCUUGAUUGCUGGAUUAUUGAUUUUUGUCAUCUACUUCACAAGUCCUCCAAAAAACUGGGGUGAUGUUUCACAAGGAAUUAUUUAUCACCAACUUCGAAAGUACCUUCUGCAUACUAAUAAAACGAAAGAGAAUAUAAAGUAUUGGCGUCCACAGAUUUUAUUGCUCGUAAAUAAUCCAAACCGCUCGGAAAAUAUAAUUCGUUUUUGCAAUUCUUUGAAAAAAGGGUCACUUUACAUUUUAGGGCAUGUAAUUGUGUCUAAGGAUUUUCAAGCCAGUAUGGAAGAAUUGCGAAGACAGCAACAACUAUGGCAUGAGUUCAUUCUUGAGAGAGACAUCAAGGGAUUCGUGGAUCUUACUGUUGCACCCGAUGAAGUAUGGGGAAUUCGUGGUCUUAUUUCAUCAGCUGGACUAGGAGGUAUACGUCCAAAUAUUGCCGUACUCACGUUUAUAAACACAAGAUACAAAAAGAUUGAUGCAGCGAAGCACAAAACUCUUGAAGAUGAUGACGAGUCUUCUAGUGCCAAAGAUAUGUCGGACUCCCACAUUGCUGAACAUGCAAUUUUACCAGUUAAAUGGGUUCAAAUUCUAGAAGACAUUCUAGCUGGUCUUGUUGACGUGAUGGUAACUUAUGGAUUUGAUAGACUGCAGUGGCCUCAGACAAAAGGAACAAAACGAUACAUUGAUAUGUUUCCCGUACACAUGGCUUCAAAUUUGGAAUCAAAUACGAGUAGGACGAGGCCUUUAUUUGCUACUAAUUUAGAGACGUACACAAUGGUUUUUCAAUUAAGUUGGAUAUUACACACAUCACCUGAGUGGAAACAGGGCUGCACGUUACGGCUGCUUACUAUCGUAGAGCACGAGAAUGAAAUCAAAGCUGAAAAAGAAAGUUUGGAACAAUUACUAGAGACAUUCAGGAUGAAAGCAGAAGUGAAAGUUCUGUGUCUUUCUUCAAGCAACUUGGAAGCUUAUAGAUAUAUCUUGAAAAAUGAGCCCAUUUCACCUGAAAAUGCAGCCACUAUAGAGCUUAUGCUAAAAGAUGACCCUUGGUGGAAUGAUCUUUCACGACAUCGGAAUAGUUCAAUGGCUUUUUCGAAAAAUUCGUUAAUCCAUCGUAAAUACUCUGACUAUAACUUUGGGGCAUCCAGUGCUCGAAAGCGAAGUGCUCCACCGCUGAGCAUUCCUUUGAGUUUCCGACUUGGUCAAUCCCUAAAACAAGCUCAUCCUUUUAGCCAACCUUCAUCCGUUGACGAUGAAUAUGACUCGUUUCCUAAACUUAAUCGAUUUUGCUCCCAUAAUUCCCUUGAAACACCUUAUGAUACACAACCCCAAAUGUCCGAUUCUAGCGAACACCAGAGCAUGGAAAAUGAAGAUCUAGAUGAUAAUUUCAGCUUCAAUAAUCUUUCGUCGAGAGCCCAGUAUAUUAUUAUGAACGAAAUGAUCAAGGAACACACACAAGAUACUGCGGUACUGUUUACUGUUUUACCAGCGCCCCAUGCCAAAACAUAUCAGAACUUUACUAAAUCAGAACAGUAUGUGGAUGAUCUGCUUAUCUUCAUGAAAGGCUUACCUCCUUGUGGAUUAAUUCAUUCCAAAAGUCUUACUAUCACGACAGCACUAUAAAUUUUUUGGUUGACUUAUACCGGAUAGUUGUACUAUAUUUAUUCAUCAAAAUUAAUUAUUCAUUUUAUAUUUUCCUUAAACAUGACAGCUAGA